AUGCCGACCGCGUUAGAUCGGGCAUUGAAUUCCAAGAACCUCUUCCUUGGUGCGGAGGAUUCCCAUAUAGGAUUCGCAGGAAUGGUGACGGCGGUGGCAGCCUAUUCCAUCUUGGGCAACGAUGUUCUUCCCGCACAAGCAGAUCCUACAGGAGACCCUGAAAACUGGACAAUGGAUGAGACGAGAAGAUGGCUUCGUGCGAGGGGCCUUUUACCGAGCGAAAAGGCGACACGCGAGGAGUUGCUGGAAAGGGUCAAAGCAAAUCUCCGCAUACCGCGCAAGACAUCGGCUGGGCCUUGA